ACCUACUACUUGGUGGUCUAUUCCAAGUCGUAGAGGAUGACGGGAUACGCGCCAUUUUGAAAACAAAACAAAAACAUCUCAGCUUGUCUGGAGACAACUUUUCGUCCGUUUUCUUCCAUUUUCGAUCAAAAGAGCCAUCGAUUCCACUUCUCUCAUGAGCAUCUAGUUGUGACACAUAUAUAACAGCUGUGACGAUGUAUGCUGAGAUCAGAAGUCGUCCCCAGUCCAGCCCCAUCCACCCCCCGUUCCGCCGCACCCUGGCUGAUGACCUGGCCACUGAUAACAUCCCCGGACUGGCCGUGGGGAGGAGGAGGGCACCCCCGGGGGUCAGACAGUCAGCUAGACAGGUGCUCAACAGGACCUACUCAGAUGAGUCUAUGACAGGUUACUCCACGGACUCCCUGCUGUCCAUCCUGUCACAUGACAGCUACACCACGCCCACAGACUCGGACCUGUCUGACGAGGACACCAAGGAAAAACUAUACAGAAAAGAGAAACCUCCUGACCCACCUAAACCAAGAGACCCUCCAACCAGGAAACAGAAGAAGGAAAAGAAGGCUUCUCACUGGGAGGAGUGGGUCGUGAGGAAGACUCAAGAGGAGAGGGAGAAAAGGAGGAAACAGGCAUGGAAGGAAAAGGAAGAUAAAGAAGAAGAAGAAAGACAAAGAAAAGAGAAAGAAGAGAAGAAGCAAAUGGCUGACAAGAAGCACAAAGAGUGGGCUGAGCAGAAAACACUACAGCAAAAAAUACAGAGACAGGCAAAGGUUCGACAAGAGAAAGCAGAAAAAGAAAUAGAAGAACAGAAAAAGCAACAAAUUCAUGAAAAAGCUCAAAAGGAAUAUGACAGGUGGCUAGAAAUGAAGAAACAGAAGGAGGAAGAGGUAAGACAAAAGGAAGAGGAAGAUAGAAGAAGAAAAGAAGCUGAGAAAGAGGAGAAACAGAAGCAAGCAGAAGAGGUGUACAAUGACUGGCUGAAGAAGUCCAAGACAAAACCCAGACCAAUGUUCCACAGUUUUGGGUACACAGGAGGAGUUCUUACUGGAUACCAUGACCGAGCUGCUUACCCCAUUCCCAGCUUCUACAACCCCGUUCCCUGGAUGCCCAUACACGUGCCAAAGGAGAAACAGCCUACAAAAGUCCCAGACAAGAAGCGGAGGGGGGGCAGACAGAAGAGCCAACACCAGCCGUCACCCCCUCUGCUGUGGAAAGAGGUGGAACAAAGAACUGUCCGGAAACAGAGUUCUCUCAUCACCAGAAAGAGAUAGGAAGAACUGCAAUAACCUUUUUUUAAAGCAGGUUUGAGUUUUCAAGGCUUGUAAAGCUCAUGUAGCCUGGGUACCAUCCUCCAUUGAAACCUCUGGUUCAAUAUUUUUUCUUGCUAAUUUUGUUAGCAACCAGGCUGAAGCUCUUGUACACCACUGUAUACAAAAGUCAAAGCAUGAUAGGGAGCCCUAGUUUGCUACUUGUAAAAGAUUUCCAGUGCUGUUACUUGCAAUACAAGUUUUGUAAUUACAUACUAUUUGCACUGUACUUGUAUGUAAAUUCUUAAAGCACUGAAUAUUCACUGAAAUGCAAAAAUUUAGGGACAUUUUUUUCUAUUUGUUCUAGAAUAUGAAACUAAAAAAAGCUUGUCAACAAUAAUGAUUUGUCUGAUUUUCCUAUGGGGCAGCAGUAUUGUACAAUGUUGUUACCAUUUCCCUGGUUUUAUAGUCCAGGAAAGGUAUACUAUAAAUGGGAGAAUUUGUGCUGCACAUAAUAAAUUAUGCACUGAUGUACAAAGUA